GACGCAAAUGCAGGCCGUGAUUGCCCCCAGGGCCCCAAGGACACCAAGUCCUGCUACCGCUGCGGUCAGGCGGGCCACAUCUCCCGCGAAUGCCCGACCAGUGGUGGCGGUGGUGGCCAGUCCGGUGCUGAGUGCUACAAGUGCGGUCAAGUUGGCCACAUCGCCAGAAAUUGCACCCAGGGCGGCGGCCCCUCGUAUGGCGGCGGCUACAACUCCGGCUACGGCGGCGGUGGCUACGGCGGCCAGCAGAGGACCUGCUACUCGUGCGGCGGCGUCGGCCACAUGUCUCGCGACUGCGUCAACGGCAGCAAGUGCUACAACUGCGGCGAGUCCGGCCACUUGAGCCGCGAGUGCCCCAAGGAGUCCUCCGGCGGUGAAAAGAUCUGCUACAAGUGCCAACAAGCUGGCCAUGUGCAAGCUCAAUGCCCGAACAACUAA